AUGAAACAAGUCAUACCUCUGCUUGCACAAGCAUUGCUCUCCAAUAAUAUUGUUUCGCGAAAAGUGAUUAAUCAUGCAAUACAAAUGGAGGAGAGAGGUGAGGAUUAUAUUGUAGGGAGCAGCAGUACCUGUGGCAAUUCAAAUGCGUUACCCAUCUCAUUAGCAGAAUUAAAACAAAUCUCCAUGAGUGACGUGAUUGACUACAUGAUGUACAUUCAAAAGUAUGGAUCCAUCAACAGAUUACCUGAUGAAAUAUUAUUGUCAAUUUUCAUGAUGAUUGAGGAUGAUGAUCACUCUUGGAGAAAUUUCAUGUUAACAUGUAAACGCUUCUUUGAAAUUUGCGUGUCAUACCGUUUACAAGAAAUUCACGUUUGUGGCUUAGGCCCAUUCACUUUUUAUCAAGGUGCUCCCAAUCAUUUCUAUCUGACUUUGCCACAUCCUGAUAGAAAUAUUUCCAUGUACAAGAUUCCUUCAAGAAAGCCAUGGUCUGCCAACGACACAGAUGUCUAUACUACAUGGUACAAGAUUCGAGUAGAUCCCUCAACCUUAAAUGUCCAUACGGGGGAUUUUAGAUUUGCAAAAUCAGUUGGGCAUUGCUCCCAUCAUACUGUCAAUCAAACACAAAUACCUUAUGCAUCUUGUUUUGGAUGUGAAGCUCCUCACAUGGACGAUGCCAAUGCAUUGUGUGAUUUGACAGGAACUCCAUUCAGUUUUGAUGCUUCCUUCCACCAUAAUGGAUACAUGAGUAAUGGAAGUUCCCAAUUGACCAAUGAUGACAAGGUCAUCAAGCUCCAAGGUGGAGGCUACUGUGGUUGGAUAUGUAGCGUGGGAGCAAAGACUGAGGAUGAAGCAGUGCAAGGUGGAUGGUUCAUUAAAUUAAAACCAACACAUCCAUGCGUUCUUGAUGAUGAACAAGAGAAUAAUAUUGAACCAAUCGGAGAGGACAAAAGAAACAAUGUAUUGAAGAAUAUAUGGACACUUUUUAAAAGAAACAACAAGUAA